UGUCGUGUCAUCUUGAGCCAGCUGUCAGUGCUGCUUCAAUGGAGAUCAAGUGGUGGAAUAAGACUGAUCUGGUCUGUCAUUAUAAGGAUGGACAGAUGACAGUGAACAGAGACUAUGAGGGUCGAGUGAGUCUCUCAUUGGAAGAUUUACACAAUGGAAAUGUGUAUUUGACUCUCAGAGACAUCAGGAGAUCACUGAAGGGCCACUAUAUUUGUGAAGUCACUGAUGAAUAUCGGACAGUGAAGGAAUAUAUUUUUCCACACAUCAUCUCUGUAGACUUUAGUCUUGUGGUUCCUCAUGGCACUUUAUCUUCUCAUCCUGGAGAAGGGGUUAUUCUACCUGUCCAUCUCUCACCUGAAACCAAUGCUGUGUCUAUGGAAAUCAGAUGGCUUAAAGGGACAGAGUCUAUUUAUCAUUAUAAGAAGGGGUGGGACCAAGUAAAUGAUGACUAUGAGAACCGAGUGAGUCUGUUCUUCCAGGAGCUGGAGAGAGGAAAUCUUUCACUGAUUUUGAGAAAUGUUCAGUCAUCAGAUUUAGGAGACUAUACAUGCACAGUCUGUCAUGAUGGAUGUCACAAGACAGGAACAGUUCACCUACAAGUGAGCGGUCUUACACAUAGAAGUAAAAAUAGUAUGGAAGGAAUACCCCCACUCAUAGAAAGAGAGCGUAGCGGUGCCACUGAGCAAGAAUUAUCAUCCCCAGAUGCGUCAUCAGAGGUUCUGCAAACAGAAAGGACAUCAGAAUCCUUAAUUUCAACAGAGGAAACUUCACAAACCCAAGAGAACCCUGGAGUAACAAUGCCAAACAUUCAGGAAAGGAGGCAAGAGAGUGUUUUUGCAGAGCAAGAGAGAUCAUCAGCUAUACAACCACAGGUACAAGAAAGAGAAGGAAUAUCACAAUCAAUCACAGCACCAACACCAGAAAGGCCACAAGACACAGCACCGAGGAAUCCAAGGAGAUGGCCAAGAACAGUAAAAUGCCAGAUUAUAUAAUUAAACAUAGUAAACUAAACAUAAACAUUAGUUAACUGACCAUGUUUUUCAUAGGGGACAUUUUAUGUGUAAAAUUACCAAAAUUAGUUGUAGAGCAACUUUACAUGUGUGUAACCAUUUAUUUUACUGCAAAAAGCUUAUAAUAAAAAUGUAGGCAUCUUGACUUGUACCAGUUUAAUACUUUGUUAACUGAAUGCAUAAAGUGGACAUCAUUCCACACUUUAUCUUUUUCAGUUAAUUAAAAAUUGU